UUGCCUCGUUUUCGUGUGUCACACGCCGCAAAACAAUAACAACAACAAAACCUACGGUGUCAGUUACAGCUGACACUUAUGAAGUGCUUCAUCUGAAAUAUCGUUAUAGAACAUAAUUACUUGAAUAAUAGCUAAUAGGCCAAGGCCUUAUAUAAGUUUGGUCUGAGAUAUAAUUUCUAAUAGCUAUCAUGAAGUUCAAAUUCAAGGAAGAAUACACGUUCGAGCACAGAAUGCUUGAAUCAGGAAAGAUAAGAACCAAAUAUCCAGAGCGCAUUCCUGUAAUUGUUGAGAAAGAUCCAAAGUCUCAUAUAACGUACAUUGACAAAAGGAAGUUUCUUGUCCCUAAUGACAUCUCUGUUGCCCAGUUUAUGUGGAUUAUUCGCAAACGUAUUCAACUGCCAUCUGAAAAAGCCAUUUUUCUUUUUGUUGGAAAAGUAUUACCCCAGUCAAGUGCAAGUAUGGGUCAGAUCUAUGAGGACCAUAAAGAUGAGGAUGGGUUUCUGUACAUUGCAUACAGCGGUGAGAACACGUUUGGGGACACUGAAGAGCUACAGUUAUUAUAGCAGCCUGCACUACCAUCAGGACUCACCUUUGGGACACAGAAUUUUUGUAGCAGUGUGUGCUACCAUUCAGACAAAUCUUAAAGCCAAAAACAGGGAUUUUAUUUGCAUAAACAUUUUUAAAAUACAUUAGUGCUUGACGUUAUUAUCAAUACAUUGAAGACCAAAAGUAGCUUGUAAUAUAAAAAAAACAUUCAUAUUAUUUCUUAGUAUUAAUUUAAAACUCAUUUAGUGAUGUCAUAUUUUAAAUUGCGAGAUUAACAUUCCAGAUUAUUAGAAGUAAAAUUAAAUAAUUUCUUUCUGUCACAUUUUUCAGUGCAGUAGUGAUUUAUUCACUUUUAACUGUUGCCAUAUUAUGUACCCGCUAAGUUGUUGCUGAUAUUUAUGAAACUCAAAACUAUCACAUAUAAGUUUGUUGUUAACAUUUUUUCUUUAAAAUUAAUUGAAUUAUUUUUCACAAUGGUCCCUGGGAAAAAAAAAAGUUAAGGGAGUCUUUUUGCAACUUUAACAUUAGUUAGUUAUUUUUAAAAUGCCUUUCUUCACUUAAUUUUUAAGUAAAACAAAAAGCAAUGCAACUUUCAUUGAAGAGGUUGUGUCAGAAAGUCUUUGAAUAGAUUCAGUUUGAUAUCAUGUGCCAUCGUUUUUAUUUGGGUUUAGAUAUUCUGUAAUUUCACACAGAAAUUACAAUUUUUGUAAAGACAAGAAGUUUGUAAAGUAAUUCACAUAGAAGUGCCAUUCCUUAAAAAACUAAACCUCAUCUAAUUUGAAGCCAGUUACCGACUCACAAUAAUUUAAUCAUUCUAUUGAGUAAUUUGUUUAACCACAUGUGUAAAAUAAAUGCUUUAGAAUACUUAAUUUGUUAACAGUUUUAAACAAUUCAUUUAAAAUAAUAAAAGCUAUUUUUAAAAAUGCAAA